AUGUCUCAAAAAGGAGCGCCUUCUGCUGCUUCUGAGACAGAACCAUCUACUAGAACAACAUCGCCAGUCUCUUCAGGAACUUCUCAGCCUCCUAUAAAGCAUAAUGUGGUAGGUGUAUGUGCUAUGGAUGCAAAGGCACGAUCGAAACCAUGUCGUAAUAUUUUAAAUCGAAUUAUCGCCGAAGGCGAGUUUGAAGCUAUUGUUUUCGGUGACAACAUGAUUUUGGACGAAGAGGUAGAGAAUUGGCCUGCUUGUGAUUAUUUAAUUUGUUUCUAUUCCAAUGGAUUUCCUCUCGAAAAAGCAGAACGAUACGUUGAUUUAAGAAAACCGUUCUGCGUGAACGAUGUUAUAUUUCAAGAAUUGCUAUGGGAUCGCCGUCUAGUUUUGAAAAUAUUAGACUCUAUCAACGUUUCCACUCCUCCAAGAUUGAUUUGCAACCGAGAUGGUGGUCCAAGGUUACAUAAGGUCUUGGCCGAGAAAUUGAAACGAAAGUUUGGUUUUAAUUUGAAAAAGGAACCCUUACCAAAGUUGGAAAUGCUGGAUGAGGAUACACUUUGUGUCGACGGCGAAAUACUGAAAAAACCUUUUGUGGAAAAACCUACCUAUGGUGAAGACCACAACAUCUAUAUCUAUUUUCCCAAAUCUGCCGGUGGUGGUGGCCGGAAACUAUUUCGUAAAAUUGCAAACAAGUCUUCUGAUUAUGAUCCCGAUCUUUGCUUUCCUCGCACGGACGGAUCAUAUAUAUAUGAACAAUUCAUGAAUGUCGACAAUGCAGAGGAUGUUAAAAUAUACACAGUAGGUUCGCAUUAUAGGCAUGCUGAAACAAGGAAAUCACCCGUCGUCGAUGGCAUUGUGAGACGUAAUCCUCACGGGAAAGAAAUUCGUUUUAUUACCAAUCUGUCUGAGGGGGAAAAAACAAUGGCUUCAAAGAUAUCGAUCGCUUUCGAACAGCCUGUUUGCGGUUUCGACCUACUAAGGGUGUCGGGGAGAUCCUAUGUGAUUGAUGUAAAUGGCUGGUCAUUUGUAAAAGAUAACAACGAUUAUUAUGACAACGCCGCUCGUAUUUUAAAACAAAUGUUUCAUGUUGCUGAACGCCAUAGAAGGAACCGUGUUCCCUCCGUUCAAGAAGUGCUCAAUCCCCCUCCCAGGGAAAGUGAAGCUUGGAGACUGAAAAGUCUGGUUGUAGUACUUCGUCAUGCUGACCGUACUCCAAAACAAAAGUUUAAAUUUUCAUUCAGUUCUGAGCCUUUUGCUAAAUUGCUUCAAGGUCACACCGAAGAAGUUAUAUUGCGCCAUGAGCAGUUGAAUAGCGUUUUGGCCGCUACAAACAUAGCAUCAGAGUUGAAAUGCGAAGAUUUGAGCAAACUUAAGCAGCUUAGACUUGCUUUGGACACCAAGAAAAAUUUGCCUGGUACUAAAGUUCAACUCAAACCAGCGUACUCCUCAGAAGGAAAGCUUACAAAGCUACAGCUUAUCAUCAAAUGGGGUGGUGAAUUUACUCACUCAGCACGAUACCAAUCCAAGGAUCUAGGUGAGCAAUUCCGUAAAGAUUUGUAUAUAAUGAAUCGUGAUUGUCUAAAAGAUGUUGAAAUUUUUACCUCAUCUGAACGACGUGUUUCAACUUCUGCUGAAAUUUUUGCAAUGGCCUUUUUAGAGCAAGAAACGAUAGCAAAUAACUUGCUUAAGGUUAGAAAAGAUCUUUUGGAUGACUCAAAUGCUGCUAAAGAUACAAUGGAUAAGGUUAAGAAACACUUGAAGUCUCUAUUGAGAGUUAGUGAUACAGCAAGAAAAGAAUUUACAUGGCCAGAAAACAUGCCCAAACCUUGUGAAGUUAUGCAGCAGGUAGUUCAAUUGAUGAAGUAUCAUCGGGUCAUUCUACGCGAGAAUUUUAUCAUACUAGGACCUGGAGUUGAGCAAGUACAAUCUCGCUGGUGCUGCAGUGAAAACCCUGCUUUGUUUAGGGAGCGAUGGGAAAAGCUUUUUAAUGAGUUUUGUGAUUCUGAGAAAGCUGACCCUUCUAAGGUAUCUGAACUUUAUGAUACCCUUAAAUAUGAUGCAUUGCACAAUCGUCAGUUUUUGGAAAGAAUUUUUACUCCAUAUCAAUAUUUAAGGCUCCCUCAGGAUCCUGGUUUAACAACUAGAGAUUCUUUUAGUUCUUUAAAUGAUUCCGGCAAUAACGGGAUUUCAAACAUGAGCAAAUCCGCAAGAAAGACGGAACGACCACUAGAGAAGUUAUAUGAAUUGUAUGAUCUUGCUAAAGUUCUGUUCGAUUUUGUUUCUCCUCAGGAGUAUGGUAUAGAACAAGAAGAAAAGCUUGAAAUUGGUUUAUUGACAAGUGUACCCCUUCUACGACAAAUUUUGGAUGAUAUUAAAUUAGCCAGAGAUUCUGAUCACGCGUCAACGAGGAUGUACUUUACGAAAGAGUCGCAUAUUUAUACAUUGUUAAAUUGCAUUCUUGAGUCCGGGUUACCUAUGAAGAUGCCCCGAAAUCAGAUUCCUGAAUUGGACUACCUUACACAGAUCUGCUUUGAGUUGUUUGAACGUACAAAUCCUUCUGGAAACAAAGAGUUUUCAGUAAGGAUAACACUUUCUCAAGGAUGUUACGCCCAAUGUCCUUUAGAUAUGAAAUUAGAUGCCAAGCAUUGCAUUAGCGUCGCACCUAGGCGAUCUUUAACAAGGCAUUUAGACCUCCAAAACUUUGUGAAGAGUAUUGAAGAUCGGUGUAAUUCUGUGCAUCUACCGAAACGUUUCAUUCCCGUAAACAUAAACUAA